CCCACAUUGGAAGAGUUGCGGGAAAGUGAAAAGCCAGAAAAUGUAAUUGCCGUCGUAACCGUACGUCAAAAGAAAAAACAAAAGCACCAGGAGCGCAUCGAAUCAAUGAAGGAUCAAACGAUCAGCAAAGAGCGUUUUCGUAACGAAGAGUACCUGCGUAAAUGGAAAAAUUCACGUGCUGAGUGGAAAUUUGAAAAGUUGCGACAGAUUUCUAUACAGCAAACUGUUUUUGAUGAGGAAAAAAUUUGCGCAGAGAUGUGGCCAAUUGCACUAGAGUACUUGUCAGGCUCAAAAGGAGCUGCUAAGGCACAAAUAAUCAAAUUGGCUGAGCAAUGCAUUGAAGAACUCGACAAGCAAUGCGCCGAACAGAGCAGCGAUGAAGAACACAAAGUUAUCAUUGAUUCUUCGCGUUAUCAGCGUGCACGAGAUUUGUUGCAGAGCUUCGACUAAGGAACUGGAAAAGGCAUUGUACUAGGCACUAGCAUGUAAAUAGUUUUAAAGAUUUAUGUUGAAAAAAAAGAUGGAGGGAUAUAUAUUUUAUUGUAAAAGUAAA